AACAGAAAACAGUAGUAGUAGUAAUGGGUGCGUCCAAAAAGGGCGCUAUAAGGGCAGUGCAGUGAAUCUCUCAAGAGCAGAGUGCUCUGUGUGCGUGUGAGAGAGAGACAGACAGACAGAGCCCUUGAAGAUCAAAGGGCAUCAUUUCUCUUUUCCUGGAUUUCUACUAGAGGAAGAGACAUGGGAAGAGGAAAGUUCAAGGGCAAGCCCACCGGCCAUCGCCACUUCUCCACCCCUGAAGAACUCAUUGCAGGUACCUCAACUCGUCCGCGUACUUUUAAACAGGAACAGGAAGAAGUUGGAAAGGAGGUAGAAGAUGAGUCUGAAGAGGAAGUUGAAGAAGAAUCUGAGAAGCGCAAAGGUGCCCAGGGACUUAUUGAGAUUGAGAACCCUAAUUUAGUAAAACCAAAGAAUUUGAAGGCUAGAGAUGUUGAUAUUGGAAAAACAACUGAACUCUCAAGGCGUGAAAGAGAGGAGAUUGAAAAACAAAAAGCUCAUGAACGAUAUAUGAGGCUGCAGGAACAAGGAAAAACUGAACAAUCAAAGAAAGAUUUAGAGCGCUUGGCCCUAAUAAGACAACAGAGAGCAGAAGCUGCCAAGAAAAGAGAAGAAGAGAAGGCUGCCAAAGAACAGAAAAAAUCUGAAGCUCGCAAGUAAGCAGGUUGCUCAUUGCGUAGUUAUUGGUUUAUUUUUCCUCAUACAUUGAACCCUUAUAUUUGUAAACUAUAACUUUUAUUCCCCAGCCACCCUUUCCAUUUAAAAAAAAAAGUAAGAAAAUGAAAAAAAAACAGAAAAAAGAAAAAGUAUGCAGGAACACUUGGAAUUGCAUUGCUUCAGUUUUGUUCUGGAAGCAUGCCAAGUCAGAAAACAGCUAUUGGUGUUCUGUUAUUAAGGAAAGCUGGUAUGAAUGAAUUUUAUGUUGGUCUUCAAUACAAGAAA